UUUUUGUCUGCACGGAUCUCUGACACAAACACACACAGUUUAAAAAAUUCAAACGGUUCAUUUGAGUAUUUUCUGCAGCAUUUCUUUUUUUGUUUUCACAAAAUUUUCUUUACUUCAAACAAAAAUAUAUUAAUUUCCAACGUAUUUUAUGAAAGCUAUAUUUUAAAUAAAAUGUACAAAAAACCCACCAUACCAAUUAGGGGCAAAGAAAAUCAUACAAAAGCUAGUGAACAUCAGACAGGACAAAAUGUGAAAAGUCAUAUUGGCGGGAGUCAGCGUCCCGGACAAAUGCCGGUUAAAAAGCCUUUAGAUACUGGUAAAUCUGCUUUACAUUCGGCGGCAGCUGGAAAAUCUUCAGCAUCUCAACGUAGCAUGCCAUUGUCUUCGACUAGAAUUGGCGAUAGUGUAGCAGCCAAAAAGGAUACUGUGCCAACACACACAGUCAAUUCGAUAAAAACUCAAAAUAAAGAAGCUAGUGCCAAACCACCUAUAAAGGAACCUCCUGUGAAUGUAGAAAAAAAGUUGGAAAAAGAGUCUGCUUCUGCCUCUACAGCUGGAAAUAACAAUAAUAAUGAAAAUAAGACUGAACCCAACAAGGAAGCCAAAAAAGUAUGGUCUCUAAAUAAUUUCGACAUUGGACGACCAUUGGGACGUGGUAAAUUUGGUAAUGUUUAUUUGGCUCGUGAAAAGGAAUCAAAAUUCGUUGUAGCCCUAAAGGUGCUAUUCAAACAACAAAUUCAUGAGUCCAAUGUAGAGCAUCAAGUAAGACGUGAAAUUGAGAUACAAUCACAUUUACGUCAUCCUCAUAUCUUAAGACUUUAUGGCUAUUUUCAUGAUGAGGCACGCAUUUAUUUAAUCUUAGAAUAUGCACCCAAGGGAACACUUUUCAAAGAACUGCAAGCUCAGCCAUUAAAACGUUUCGAUGAACGACAAUCGGCUAUUUAUAUAAAAUCUUUAGCUUCGGCAUUACAAUAUCUACACGAACGUGAUGUUAUACAUCGUGAUAUAAAACCAGAAAAUUUACUAUUAGGCCAUAAGGGCGAUUUGAAAAUAGCCGAUUUUGGUUGGUCGGUUCAUGAACCCAACUCUAUGCGUACAACACUGUGUGGUACAUUGGAUUAUUUACCCCCGGAAAUGGUACAAGGUAAGCCACACACCAAAAAUGUAGAUCUUUGGAGUUUAGGGGUAUUGUGCUAUGAACUGCUGGUGGGUAGAGCACCAUUUUUAGCCACCGAUUAUGAUGAUACUUAUAAGAAAAUCAUUAAAGUCGAUUAUAAACUACCCGAUCAUGUGACAAAAGCUGCUGCUCAUUUUAUAUCGAAAUUAUUAGUUUUAAAUCCACAACAUCGUUUGCCCCUGGAUCAGGUUCUUAUGCAUCCCUGGAUUAUAGCUCACACCCAAUAAGCCAUGAUUUGAUAAACAUUUAUUAUUAUAUUUUUGCAGCAGUUUUUUUUUAUAUAUUUUCUUUUAUAUUUAUCAUUUAACUUAUUAACUAUUAUUCUUGCUUGCUUUUUGUGUUUAAUUUAUGGUUUUAGUUUUUUUUCUACAUAAGUGUGUUUUUUAUAAAGUUUUUUUUUUGUUUACAUGGAAAUUUUUUAACAGAAAUGUAUGAAAACAAUUUUGGGAACCUUGCGAAAAAUGCUAAAAAAAAAGUGUCCCAAAUUAUUAUUUGA